GAGGUCCUGACUCCUGAUCCGGAUGACUCGAGAUUGAGAAUGAAAACGUUGGUUACUUUAGUGAAUACGUAAAUGGCUUUAUUGGGCCUUUUUCUGGCGGUGUUGCUUCGAACGAGCGUACUGUACCUACUGUAGCUCUUUUCACCCACGUGUUUAUUUCUCUACGAACAUGCGGAACGUCCGAUCGAAAAUCAACAUGGUUGUGAUUUCGUGGUUGCUUCUACUCACAGGCGUCCUAAAAUCCUUCGCCACGAAUUGGAACACACAAGACUAUAUGAAACGAGAGCAUUCUCUAAUCAGGCCAUAUCAAGGCACAGGUAUGACAAUACCUAACUGGGACUUUAUGGGAAGUACAAUGGUAACUAACAAUUAUAUCAGGUUAACAUCUGAUUUGCAAAGUAAACAAGGUGCCUUAUGGAAUUCUGUGCCAUGCCAUAUACAAAAUUGGGAACUGCAAAUUCAAUUUAAAGUACAUGGAAAGGGGAAGGAUUUAUUUGGAGAUGGUUUUGCUAUUUGGUACGCUAAGGAAAGAAUGAAGCCAGGUCCAGUAUUUGGGAGUCGAGAUUAUUUCCAAGGAUUAGCAGUGAUACUUGAUACAUACAGCAAUCAUAAUGGCCAACAUAAUCAUCAGCAUCCUUACAUCUCAGCAAUGGUUAACAAUGGAUCUUUGCAUUAUGAUCACGAUCGUGAUGGCACUCAUACACAACUAGCAGGAUGUGAAGCAAAAUUCAGGAACUUGGAUCAUGAUACACAUAUAGCUAUAAGAUACGAGAGAGACAUCCUAACUGUUUCCACGGAUCUUGCCAAUAAAGCUGCAUGGAAACAAUGUUUCCAAGUGAAUGAAGUUAAGCUUCCAACAGGAUAUUAUAUUGGAAUUUCUGCUACUACGGGUGAUCUAUCUGACAAUCAUGACAUAUUGUCAAUUCGUUUAUUUGAAUUAGACUUAAUUGAUGAUCCUAAAGAUCGAGAAGAUAGAUCACAAAUUCUGCCAUCAGCAGCAUUCUAUGAUGCUCCAAGAGAACGUGUAGAAGAUCCGAAACAAUCUAACUGGAGUGGAAUAAAACUUUUCCUACUGAUGUUAUUUGGUGCACUUUUCUUAAUAACUUGUAUUGUAAUUGUAAUUAUGCUUUAUCAGAAGCAUCAGGAAAAUAGUAGAAAACGAUUUUACUAAGUUAAGAUUUAAGUAUUGUGUGUGUUUUUGAGAGUUGCAGCUUAUUGAUUUCUCAUAUAUACAGGGUGUUUGAGAAGUAAUGAAAAGUUUUGUCGCAUAGGGGUAGAAUGGACUGAACUGAGAAGAAAAGUCCUCUACCAUUUUACAAUUUUCGCAAUAGUUAAUGAGAUAUUAAUUUAUAAAAAUAUUCAAAUUCGCCCGGCCCAAUGGACAUUGUCUAG